AUGGCCGAAUCAAGCUCUUCAGCAGCAAAAGCUGAAGAUGAGCUGCGAUAUGUCCAGUAUCAUGGUUCCAAGGAGGAGACAUACCUCCCCGCAAUCCGACAACUGAUCUCCAAGGACCUCUCGGAACCUUACAGCAUCUAUGUGUACCGGUACUUCCUCUAUCAGUGGGGUGAUCUGUGUUACAUGGCUCUCGACUCCCAAAACAAGCUUAUCGGCGUAGUAGUAUGCAAGCUCGAGCCCCACCGAAGCGGCACCUUUCGUGGCUACAUCGCUAUGCUCGCAGUCCAAGAAUCCCACCGUGGUCAGGGAAUAGCGACGAAACUCGUGUGCAUGGCAAUCGAGGCCAUGACUGCCCGCGAUGCCGAUGAGAUUGUCCUCGAGACUGAAGUCACCAACACAGCAUCCUUGAAACUGUAUGAACGUUUGGGGUUUUUGCGGAGCAAAAGACUACACAGAUAUUACCUGAAUGGAAAUGCGGCAUUUAGGUUGCUGCUAUAUCUCAAAGAAGGCACCGCAAUGAAACGACCGGGAGAUAGUGGAGAUCUGGGCAUGCCGCCAAGAAUGGAGGAAUAUAGAGGAUAUGGUCCGGCAGCUGCUCAGGAAGACACGAUUAAUAGCGAAGGCACUGUGACGUGA